AUGGCAACACUAUCACCCGAAAUACUUGCUCGCUUUGAAAACAUAAAUAAGCGUCAACUAGAGCUAGAAACAAAAGUUACGCAGCUUAAGAAUGUAAUUACUUUAACAACUCAACAAGAGUUGUAUACAGAAAUUAGGGAUGGUGUUAAGGAGCUUGAAAAAUGGAUAGAGGACAUCAAACAAACAGCGGAGGAACAAGAGCGCGUAAAAGAUAAACAAACUAUUUUACAUAGGUUACAGAGAAACGAAGAGCAAUACAAGCAGUUACAAGCUUCAAUUAGACGAGCUGUUUUAACUUCUAAGCAAAAUAUUGAAAGAGAGGCGAAAAUAGAACGUGAAAUGUUAUUGGGUCGUGUAGAUGGACGAAAUACAUUUGCCUUUGAGAUGCGAAGACGUAAUCUCACAUCAGAAGAUGCAUUAUUGCAUUCUGCCAGUGAUGUUACAGAUGCACUACGACGCACUACCCAAUUGAUGCAACAAGAAAUUGAACGAAGCGCUUAUUCAGCAAAAGUACUUGAUGAGUCAUCUCGCGCGCUUAAAUCUACUUACAGUGAAUAUCGAGGGUUUUCAUCAGUUUUACGCGGAUCCAAACAAUUAAUUACCAAAUUAGAACAGAUUGAUUGGACUGAUAGGCUACUCAUUCUAUUUGGUUUAUUG